GCAGUCAGUGCAAUGGGAUAGAGGAGAGCGAGGAGGAGGAGGAGGAGAGAGUGAAUGAGAGCUGCUGGAUCUGCCUUGCCUGCGUGCCUGCCUGCCUGUCGUCUGCUGAAGCUGGGUUUACCGCCGCGCCACGCUGCACUGGCACAGAGCAGAGUCACGGCCCAUUUGCACCACCGUCCGCACACUCAGCACCAACACGGAGCCACACAGCACCGGUCCUCACUCCACCAGCAAAGACAACCAGGGACAGAGCUCACCGGGCUUUCUCCAUCAUCAAGGGGGGGACGCAGCAGCAACGAAAGGGGCCUGACGCUACAAUUUAGGCACCAGCUGCUACCUCAACCAAAUCCCCCUCCACCUUAUCCCAUCCUUACCAACACCACCACCACCACUCCUCUCUUGCUCCUCCCUAUGCCCUUGUCCUCGGCGGCUCCUCUCACCUCCCUGGCCAGUAUAUGGAUAGAAGCUCCCUGUUUCAGCUCAUACAAGAGCAGCUGGACCCAGACAACACCGGUUUCAUCGCUGUGGAGAACUUCACCAGCUUGGUGGAGCACCAUGAACUGCAGCUGGACCCGUCCAAACUGGACAUGCUGUUAGCCCUGGUCCAGAGCAAUGAAGAGGGACAGGUGUGCUACCAGGAGCUCAUCGAGCUGAUGAGCAGUAAGCGCUCCAGCAGUUUCCGACGGGCCAUUGCUAAUGGCCGCCGCACGCUGCAAAGGGAGAUCCUGCUGGACGAGACGGGGCUGGGUCUGUACAAACGUUUUGUCCGCUAUGUGGCCUACGAGAUCCUGCCCUGCGAGACGGACCGACGCUGGUACUUCCACCAGAACCGCCUGUGUCCUCCACCUGUCUUCAUCGCCAUCGUCACCAUCGUACAGAUUAUCGUGUUCAUGUGCUAUGGCAUCAUGCUAAACAAGUGGGUGCUGCAGACCUAUCAGCCUGACUUCAUGAAGAGCCCCCUGGUCUAUCAUCCUGGCCACCGUGCACAAGUGUGGCGCUUCUUCAGUUACAUGUUCAUGCACGUUGGUUUGGAGCAGCUGGGGUUCAAUGCUUUACUGCAGCUGAUGAUUGGUGUUCCUUUGGAGAUGGUCCAUGGCAUCUUACGAAUAAGUCUGCUCUACAUGGCAGGAGUGCUGGCCGGCUCGCUGACUGUGUCCAUCACCGACAUGCGUGCUCCAGUGGUGGGGGGCUCCGGAGGGGUCUACGCUCUGUGCUCAGCGCAUCUGGCCAACGUCGUCAUGAACUGGGCUGGGAUGCGUUGUCCAUACAAGCUGCUCCGCAUGAUCCUGGCACUAGUUUGCAUGAGUUCGGAGGUGGGCCGUGCAGUCUGGCUCCGCUUCUCACCGCCGCUGCCCUCCUCAGGGCCCCAGCCCAGCUUCAUGGCACACCUGUCAGGAGCUGUGGUCGGCAUCAGCAUGGGGCUGCUGAUUCUGCGCAGCUACGAGGAGAGUCUGCAGAAACAGUGCUCCUGGUGGGUCAUCGUCUUCUCCUUCAUCACCUUCCUCCUCUUCGCCAUCUUCUGGAACAUCUUUGCAUAUGAGCUGCUGGGAGUGCAGAUACCGCCUCCUCCCUGAUGAAGGCCCCCCCUUGCCCGCAGGCCCUCCUCCACAUACAUACUGACUCCAGCCCUGCUCCAAACAAAGGCUCCCCUUUGACCAUAGUUAACUUUCCCAUCAUCUCUCAAGUUAGUCCCAAAUGAAAUGAUAUGAAAUCAUUCGAAAUGAAAAAAUUGACCAAGAAUCCUUUUUUACAGAUACUUUGCAAAUCAAAGAAAUAUGUCUCUUUUAUUAAAGAGGGAUUACAGUAGCAACAAGUACAGGUGAAAGUUCCUCAGAUCCAUUUUGAGGAGCCUUUUAUCUUUUUAUAUAUACGUUGAAGUCUCAUCCACAUUACCAGCACUAACCUUUGAGUGAGCAUUUAGCCGCCGGGCUCUUCAUUUCAGAGGCCUAUUGAAAAGCUGUUUCAUCAGUCGUUUCUUUGAGUGCAUCUUUCAUACAUGUAAAGAAGAACCUGAGUUGAUGACACGUGCCUGUGGUGAAGAGGAAGGGGAAUUAAAGGGUGCGGUAGGAGUGUGCUGUGGCGGUGACAAUGCUGAAAAAACGCCAUGAGAAAUUUUCUUUCAUGAUGUGCAGAGAUCAGGAUCAGCUGCAGAGAUGCCCCUUAAACUAAUAGGGUUUUGCUUUAAGGCACUUAAACAGAGUAGAUGCUUGAAUCUGAGUCCUUUUAGCUGCUUUAAAUGGAGAUUUAAAGAAGAAUUACAGGAAGAGAGUGUUUAAGUCUGGGGGCAGCAAUAAAAAAAAUACAGAAGCACCAAUUAAAUAUGAUUGCCGGUAAGGUUGUUUUAUUUCACAGCCCUGCUGUAACUCACAGGGGUCACUCUGGCUUUUUGCAAAAGUGCUGACACACUGAUUGAAAAACAAAAAGCAGCUACACACGUUUCCUUCAAAUUGAGCUGCUGAGAAGAAGCUCCAACCCGAUUAUAAGGCAUCAGUCAAAAUUCUUUAUCCCUGAGUCCAAAUGGUUUUCCCAGAGCAGUCACAGGAAGAAUGGAGGAGAAAAGUUUUGAAUGCAAGAUUUCAGGCAAGUUUAAUCUGAGUUCUGUCAUCUUCAAGGAGUACCUUAAUUUUCAUCAGUCAUUUUCGCUUCAUGGGGUCUUAAAAAAUUAGAAGACAUACGGUUUUUUUUUUUAUGGUUUUUUCCAUGACAUGAUACCUACACUGUGGAUACAGAAAUAUAUUUCACACAACAUAGACAAGACAUGAAGAUGGGAAAUGAAAGUGUGACAGGAGAGGAAAGAAAAAGAAAAAGAAGCUCGUGAGAAAAUAACAAGCUGAAGUUUCCUGGAUCACUUAAACAAGUGAACUCCUCCUGUCGCUGUGUCAAACUAUCCACCGACUUGUUAGGCGCACCGUGUAAAAUAUGCCAUGUCAUGCUCUGUGGCUCUCAGCGAGACAAGGACACACACGCACACUCACAAACACACACACACUUCUCUGCUUUGUCUGAGAGAGCAGCCACUGCCUGAAUCUGUAGGUCAACGUGGACAAACUGAAGAGAAGAAUACACACACACACACACGCACACAUACACACUGGCCUCUGCCUGUUCUCGCUCUGACAGACUGAACUGGGGAGGGCGCGGAUGUGUCAUCACCUGACCUCUGACCUUCGUGUCCCAGAGGGCAUUGGGGUCUCUCUGUCAGGCCCAGUCUAUACCUCAGUUUCUCAUUCUUAGGGACUGUAUACUUUUGUAAAGGAAUGUACCUAUAAAGAAAAAAAAGAGUGUUAUUAAGUUGUCCCCGUUUUUCAUUUGAUAGUGGAUGUGUAUAUUGUAUGUUCAUAACCAAGAGUAUAUUUAUUUGUAUUUUUUUUUCCCUCUUUGAGGGGGAAAAGAGAAAAGUUUCAAAUGGUGCAAAAUUAAUGCUAUGAUUGUUGUUCUUCUGAUAACUCCUGUAUGGCUUUGAAAAAUAGUCUAUGAGGCAGAAUCCCCUGGUUUGUUAGAUGACCACCGACGACUCAAGCUCACUUGAUUUUAUAAAUCUUAGUGCUUUACAAAAUAAGCCAUAGAAAGAACUAACUGGAGAGGGUAAAAGCAGAGGAGAAAAAAACAUGUUUGAUGGUUUGAAACCUGCUGGUUGGUAGCUUCAGUGAAACUUUUUUUUUCUGUGUGAACAUAAUUUAUUCAUUGUGAAUAUUCAACAGGUGAGGUGAAAGAAGACAAACUGUGCAAGUACGAGCCUGUGAACCUCUGGACUGUUGGAUAUAUUAUCAUGUAGCGGGACACAUUUUUACAACUUGUUUCGCCAACUUGUUUGUAGUCAAUGCAGCUUAAUUUUUUUUCAAGUGCCCACGUCUUCAAACUCUCCCCUGCAGCGCGCCGACGUCUCGCUGUGGCUCUUCUUUUUUGCAAAAUAACAAAGUAUGGACAGUGCUCCUGUCGUAUAUUAUCUCCAGAGUGAUUCAAGCUUUUUGGAAAGCUGAGGCGAGGAUAGCAAUUACAUUUACUCAUGCUAUGUUCCAUUUUUCAGUCUUUCAAUCAAUAAUUCAUUUGAAUGUCCACUGGCUGCCUGGGGAAAAAAAUGUUAUGCAUUUGCCAAUUUUGAUAGUUGGCUAUAAAUACAGUCUUCAGCAUUCGCUCCCACGUGAAACUGUCAGUAGUAACAGAAGACUCAGUGUUAAAUGAGGAAAUCUGUAUGAAAUAGCCAGAAAAAGCCAUUUUCAGAUGCAUUAAAAAAAGAAAAGAUCAGCCAAUACGUGGUAGUAAUGGAUCUUUGAUGGAAACUUGUGUAUACUAGGGAAUAUUAUUGCUUGGGAUAGCAAAGAUACAUCAAUGAAUAAUGCAUAUAUACCCUGUUAGCCUAUAAUGAAGAUAAAGAGGAUGCCUGAGAGGAGGUUAAUGUGCCUCUUUAACUGAAGAUUCAUAGGAACCCAGAAGGGUUGUAAAAAGGGCUAGUAAAUGGCUAUGUUUUUGUAGAACACAUUAACUGUGAAUAUUACCCCUCCUGGAAGAACAUGCAGGACUAAAAUCGAAGGCUUGUGAAUUCUUGUUGCCCCUGAAAAGAUACUCUUCUCCUCAUGCAAAGUGAAAUGAUCAGUGUUUAUUUUUUUUAAAGGUUCAGUGUGUGGGAUUUAGGGAGAUAUAGUGACAUCUAGUGGUGAGGGUUGCAGAUUGCAGCCAGCUGAACCUGCUUCUGGUUAGAAUUCCUUCAGUGUUUAUUGUUCAGGAGGUUUUCUGUGAUAACUUUAUGUGUGCUCACCUUAUUUCUGAUUCAGAUGUUCAGGAGGUUUUUACUAGUAGCUAAAUUAUCCGCAGAGGUCUCUUCCUCUCCAAUACAACCUGACUCGCUGAUUGAACCCAGUAAAAACACUUAAUGAAGCAGUUUCUUGUUACAGUAAGUGUUUCUCUGGCGCUGUUUGGCAUGUUGGAGAUGGCUGCUGGCCCAGCACCUGCCUAUGUGUGCUCACAUUUUGUCUCCGAUUACUUAAGAUCCAGAUGUUCAAAAACUUUUUACCAGCAGCCAAAUUAUCCACAGAGGUGUCCUCUUCUCCAAAACAAACAGAUCCACAGACCCCAAACAGAUUUAAACUUGGAAAAACACCGAAUAAAGCAGUGUUUUUCUGACGCUCUCAUAACGUAGGGGCUGUUAAUGUGGUUUGUCCAUUUUGGGCUACUGUAGAAACAUGGCAGUGCAACAUGGCAACUCCCUUUGUAGAUAUUAACGGCUCAUUCUUAGGUAACAAAAACACAACGAUUCUUAUUUUCAGGUGAUUAUUAAGUAAAGAAAACAUACUUAUUAUAUGUAAUUUCUACCAAUGUAUCCCCCUAAAUCCUACACACUGGACCUUUAACUUAUUAAGUAUCUCCUGGAUAAAAGCAGACAAUGGCAUCAUCAACACAAGAGAAAAUGAUCAGUGCAUGUAUCUUUAACGACGAGGUGGAAGCAGAAAGUUUUCAGAAGUAGUUUAUUUACUUCUCCGUAAGCCAAAUCUCCUGAGCCUGAGCCAGCCACAGCACCAACACCCCUUCUAAAAAAAGACAGUCACCUCCUGUCUGAUAAAAGCCGCCUCCUGCUCUCAGACAGCAUCUUAAAGGAGACGAGCGAUCGAGGCCUGACUCGCAUCCUCUGGCUUGACAGUAUGUGACGGCUUUUUGGUUUGUGAGGGAUGGCGGGACAGCAGAAACAGCAGAAACAACAGUGUCGGCACUCUUCAUAAAAACCUCAGCAGUGUACGUGCUCUCCCAUCCCGUCGUGCUCGUGUCACAACACCCCCAGUGUCAGGAUGAUGCAUGGCUAUUAUGGGGGAUACACCAGAGAGCUCAAAGCUAGAACCGUAAACAGGAUAUCUUCCUUUAAUAAGUGGAUCUGACAGGCUGCAUGAUGUUAAUUUAAUUGCUGUCUUUUGAGUGACACAUUUGUUUUCAACAGUAUAAGGAAGGCACGGUGAGGGAUGGCAUGAGCUGAAUAGGAGCAGACUAUCAAUAACAUGUGAUCCAUCAUCUUUGGGUAAUCCACAGUCGUGUGUCCCCCCCCGAUUGGUUUCAGUCACGACUGCGGUACAAGAUGAUGUUAAAAGGUCAGUGCCAACUUGUUUGAGUCUCAUUCAUACUUUGCUGGUGUGGCUACACACAAUAUACUGUUCAUUUCUGUGCUCGUCUGAUUCAAAAAUGCAGCAUACUUGACAUUUCUCUGCUGUUUCUUGUUUCUUCUUCCUGUACUUUCUCAUCUGUGGGCAUUUUUUUAUUUGCACUUAUUACUGACGUGUUGGCAUGUGCCAUAUUCUCUACUGCCAUUAACAUUCUUUGAUGCUUUUUUACCUCCCUAUGCCAAUCCAUUGUGCUGUUAUGCCCAAUGCCUUGUUAUACGCGCCCAAGACUAAGCACCGGGCGGAAAGGCUGCUUUGCUGUCAGCUGUUAUUCAACAUGAUCAUGCACAGAAUCCAUAAGAGAAGGAAGCCGCAGUGCAAACAACCGAAGCUGUUAAUAUAUCCAGUAGCUGCUCUGAAGUGCUGCUCGCCAACAAGCCGGCCAGGUUGCCUUUUCUUAGUGUUUAUUGCUACUUAGACAAAUAUGGGUAACUCUCACUGCAGGGCUGUGCAGGUAAAGCAGGACACUGUAGCUCCAGAGAUGGCACUGUACUUUCAACAACAGUGCAUACAUUUACACUAUCGGUGUAAAUUUAUGUAUGUAAAUGUGUCAAGGUGUUGAAACCUGAAAUGCUGGUUAACAGACAUUUGGCUUUAGCUCUCAAUGAUCCUGGAUAUGUUAUAAUUUGUAAAACAGGGUCAGAUUUUAUAUUAAAGGUGCAGUGUGUAGGAUUUAGAGGGAUCUAUUGUCAGGAAAUGGAUAUAACAGCACAGUGGUUCAGUGGUAAGCUUCGUUGCCUCACAGCAAGAGGGUUCCUGGUUCAAACCCAGGGUGGGAGGUUCGAACCUUGGGGUGGGGGAGCCCUUCUAUGUGGAGUUUGCAAGUUCUCCCUGUGUGAGCGUGGUUUUUAUUUUUGUACUCUGGCUUCCUCCCAAAGUCCAAAGACAUGCAGGUUAGGUUAACUGGCUAAAAGCUAAAUUGUCUGUAGGUGUGAAUGUGAACGUGAAUGGCUGUCUGUCUCCAUAUGUUAGCCCUGCAAUAGUCUGGCGACCUGUCCAGGGUGUACCCCGCCUCUUGCCCAGUGUCAGCUGGGAUAAGCUCCAGCGACCCCUGACAGGAUAAAUGGUUACAGAAAGUGAAUUUACUAGCCACGACAGUGUGGCAAAAUCAUCGUGGUGACACCUACUGUAGCAGGAACUACCACAGAAGACGUUUAUUAAAACUGAUUCUGUGUAUGUAUAAGGAAUCAGUAUGCAACUGAACAAUUUUGGUAUCGGAAAUGUUGUGGUCAGGUUUGAAUUGCAAGUUAACAGUCCAUGUGGAGAGGCAGAAUGCAUUGGCCAAAAUGUAACCUCAGAACCCAUCGGCUAUGUCUGACGAUGAGUUAGCUUUAUAUUAGCUUUUUUAAAUGAAUGCAGAUACUUGUUUAUAGAGAUUAGCCAAAAUGACUGGCACGUGGAAGAGGAAAUCUUGGCUGGGAUGUCUUCUGGCUGCUUCUACUGGCCUGAAAUAUUGACCCUCAUCACAGCAGUAGGGGUAUGAAACGAUUGCCCCCUACGUGCACAUGCACAGAUUUUGCUGUGCCACGCUGAAUUCACUGUGUUGAAAUACUAGUGAUUGCCGCCUACCUGUCUGACUGAUUAGCGGGCAUCACAGAAGAGCAAAGAAGACAAGAUGGAGGAGCUGGCAAUGUUGGUGUUUGAAUACCCGGAGCUAUGGCGCCAGCAAAUUGUUAGGACAACCAGGGAUAACCUGGAUAACAUUUCCACCAAACUUCAGAUGACUGGUAAAUUGUCUAGUUACACAGCGAUGUCCGUUGUCUUGCUACAGUAUGCAGCGACAAGCUAGCCUGCACUUCUGCUAGUGUUUCACGAAGUCAUAGCGGCAGCAGCUGCUUUUAGAAAACUUUGCUUUUAGGGGGAACACUCUUGGUCAGAGCGUGGUGGUGUGAAAGCAGCAUUGUCAUUGUCAGACUGAUAGCCGAUGGGUUCAAAAUUUUGUCACCAUAAUAGCAUCACAAUUGCAUUCACCUUCAGAUGCAGUCGCAAAUCUUUAAAGGUAUAUAGUUGAGUUCACAAUGAAGGCUGAGUUUGAAGAUGGGUGUGGUCUGAGCAAGGGAGCCAGAAGUCUGUAGGUAGGAAUACGGGAGCGGCCCUUGAACCCUAUGGAGUAACUUAAAGGCAAGAUGGUCUCUAGUCAUAGCUAUAAUUUUCAUUAGCGUAUAAUUGAAACUAAGAAUCAUGUUUUCGUUAGCUUAAAAUAAACCAUUUAUUUCUACAUAGGAAGUGGGUCCUCUUCAAUGGAGACCGCCACGUUGCACCGCCAUGUUUCUACAGUAGCCCAGAAAGGACAAACCAAACACUGGCUCCAGAGAAGGCCAUGCACAUUUUUACAUUACCUGAAGGCAAACCUAAGCUGUACUUCAGAGUGGAAGGUUAUUCCAUUGGUUGCAACCUCUUGGCAAGAUGCAACUAAAUUUUACACACUGCACCUUUAAUUAGCCGAUAAAAUUAAACAACAUAAACUGGAUGGGACAGUGCAGACUCAACAUGCAGCUGUGAAUCCAAUUCUUGUAGGUUGUGACAGUUCAACAGAGAUCCAUUAUACUAAAAAUGUAAAGUCUACAGUCUGAGUCAAUCAGGAACAAAUUAGUAAUCACUGCAGCUAGAAGCAAGCAUAAAGUCUGUAACAGCAUUCAGGGUUUCCUUCUGGAGACUGGUUGUAACAGAGAACAUCACUAACAUCCUGGUUUCCCAGUUUCUAGGUACACAAAAACUGCCUGAGCCACUCGAGGUCAUGCAAAUAUCAGCAAGUGGUUUCUUGAAAUGAGAGUCGUUUCCCUCUGAAGGUUAAGAGUUUAAAAAGAAAAAAGUCAUAUCUGUGCUGCUGUGGUAGUUUUUCAUGAGCUGCUUACUUGUAUUGAAAAAAAAAAAAUGGUGCCAAGCUUAUGAGGUUCAAUCUCUCAGACCAGACAAGAGGUCGAACCGACACAGCGUUUACAAAAAGAAGAAGCAGAAGAAGCUAUUUUUCUCUCGGUCAUGAGGAAACUAAAGGAAAAACUAAAUUUACAUAUGGAUAAUUUAUAUCAAAGUCCUCAUUAAUUAUUUCACAAUCUAUUGUACUUUUUAAAUGUUCUGAACGGAACCAUUUUAUAUUGUAUAUAUAUGAAUAUAUUUUGUUUUAUUUUGUACUGUUCAUUGUACUUUGCUUUAAUUUAGAAACAAUA